AUGUUCGGAUAUGGCACAGCCAUCAAAGAACAAAUGGGUGGCAAUCGGGAUUUGCCCAUCCAGUCUGUGGAGACUGUCAACGUGAAUCACGCCCUGGAGAGGAAAGCACCCAUGGUCCUUCUGCGUUGGCACCAAUGUGGCUCGAAGCCUUCGCCGCCUGUAUGGUCGACAAUUGUGACGCAGGCCUCCCGCGAGCAUGCGCGCUUCUGCGAGGAGAAGGUCUCUCUGGUCGACAGCCACUCCGCCGACCUGGCCAAGGUUCAGGAAACUUGGGGAAGCGCUUUCGCUCGCGAGCUCCACAGCUCCCGGAGCCUACAGGAGAAGGAGGCUGCUCGCUUGCAGACGCUGGUGAAGUGUGUGUCGGAGAGGCAGCAGGAGUCUGAGCGACAAACGGCGCUGAUGCAGGCAGAGCUGGCUGUGCUGCAGCAGAACUUGGCUGCCAAAUGCAGCGACGCGCAGGCGAUCUUCAAGCAUGUGGGCUCAGGAGGCAUUAGAGGCAUGGCGAUGCCGAGAGGUCAAAUGGCCACGGUAUCUUCCGAACGUUCGGAGCUGCAUAAGCACCUUCGGCAGACGAGACGUUUGAGACAGCGUGCAGCCAAAAGAUACCGGGACGGGCAGAAUGCGCAUGGAUACAUUCAGGACUUGAGCAUGGGCCGCGGCACUGAUCUCAGCUUUAUACAGGUUAAGAGCCUUGUUGAGCUCAUACCGACUGCUGCUAGGCUGGAGGAAAUGCCCAUUGAUGGAGAUGACGGCCUUGUUGACGCUGGGUAUGAGCGAUGUGAAUGUAGCUUUGCUGAGCUUCGGUGUGUGGAGAUGAUGUUUGAGUCGCGGCUCAUGGCCAUCAGGGAUGAUACGAGCAAGUUGAAAGACAUUGUAGAGCGGGCAACGGCAGACGACACAGCCUUCAAUUUGUUUGCCCUUGUUCCACAGCAUGUUGACGGACUGGGACAAAUCCUAGAUUCUUGGACCGCUGGUUUGCUUGCGGCUGCAGAUGACCUGGAGCGUGGUUUGUUGCUCUGGCGAUCUCCCGAUCGCGAGCUAUGUCGUUUCUAUAUCGGGUCCUCUGAUGACGAGCUUGGGGACGCGAGGGGCACGCAAAACGAGCAGAGCCAAAUCGAUGAGCUUGAUUACGGUGACCUUGUGUGUCUGGAAACAGACAUCGAGACGUUCUCAGGUUGCUCUUUCCGAAGAGGAUCCGUAGGCACAGUGCAUGCUGUUCACCAUUGCGACGAGCUUGGUUGGGUGGAGGUUCUGUUUGUGGGCGCCCUCAGAUGUCACGGAGUGUCGGAGUCUAGCCUCCGAUUGCUCGAGCGGGCAUCCCCACUUGCAGGACUGCAAAUUGUACCUGACUAG